CUCAUUUGUGAGUGUGUCCUUGUUCACUCCACACUUGGUUCCUCAUGCUCACUCGGCUCAGUUUGCUCCUCAUUUGAAGCACCAUGCCGAGUACCGUGCUCUCAUCGUGUUCUGUCAUUGUCGCUUUUCUGCUUGUAUCCGGAUGCCUGUGCGAGGAUAAACUUUUGGUCUUUCUCAUCGACGGCUUUCGGUAUGACUACAUGGACGAUCUACAGACCCUGCCAGGGUUUAGAGAAAUUGUGGACAACGGUGUCAAAGUGGACUACAUGACUCCAGACUUUCCGAGUCUGUCCUAUCCGAAUUAUUACUCCCUCAUGACCGGUCGACAUUGCGAUGUGCACCAAAUGACAGGGAAUUUUAUGUGGGAUCAAAACUCAUCAGAGGAAUUUUUAAUUGGAAGCAAUCCAGGCAGCCUCUUACCAAUGUGGUGGGACGGCUCCGAACCUAUCUGGGUAACCCUGCAGAAACUAGGAAAGAGAGUCUACAUGUACUACUGGCCAGGUUGUGAAGUGCAGAUUCUUGGUGUAAAUCCCACAUUCUGUGAGAAAUAUGUUUCCAGUCCUUCUCUGAAGAAUCUAAGUGAUGCCAUAGAGAAUGGUCUCAAUGUGCUAAAUAACGAUAUGGCAGACAUGGCAGCUGUGUACUACGAGAACAUCGAUGUAGAGGGCCACCACUUUGGCCCCAGGUCGGAGCAAGUGCGGACUGCUGUCCGCUCACUGGACAUGGCAAUUCAGAUUUUAAACCGCAAGAUCAAGGAGAAAGACAUGGAAGAUGAGUUGAAUGUCAUCUUGUUCUCUGACCAUGGGAUGACUGAAAUCAAGUGGAUGGAUAGAGUUAUUGAGUUGGAUGCUCUCAUAAACAUGUCCGAUAUCAUAAAGAUGAUGGACAGAGGCCCAGUUGUCAGUCUGUGGCCUAAACCAGAAAUGCUUGAAAAGAUAUAUACAGCAUUGCAGGCAGCAAAAAACAUGAAGGUGUAUCGGACACCCGAGAUCCCGGAUCGCUAUCACUAUAAGAGUGGAAAAUUUGUCUCACCAUUAACACUUGUUGCUGACCCUGGAUGGUUCAUCACUGAGAACAAAGCUAAGCUGCCUUAUUGGAAGAAUGAUACAGGAGAACCUCGGGGCUGGCAAAAUGGUUGGCAUGGCUAUGACAAUGAGUUCCUGGAUAUGAGAGGCUUUCUUCUGGCUAAGGGACCAGCCUUCAAGAGGAAUUUCCAAGCAGGGCCAAUCAGAUCGGUGGAUGUGUAUAAUUUGAUGUGCAACACCCUUUCCAUCCAUCCUCUUCCCAACAAUGGCUCCUGGUCUCGAGUGGAGUUUAUGCUGACAGGCUUUGCUGAUACUGUGCAGCCCAUGCUGCUUUACAGCUGUGUGCUGGCAAUCCUGGUGAUGCUACUGUCUGCUCGGAUUUAGAAACAACACACACGUCUUCCUUCUGCAGAACUGUAGUAGGGCUUUAAUCAGUGCUGUGUAAAGGCCAUUUGAUGGUCAACUGAUGAUCUCUGAUUUACAUAUAUAAUAAUUCUUACAUUUCAGUACAAUAUAUCAGAUAAUGUGGGAUACAGUAACUAGAAACCUCAGUUAAAUCUGUACAUACGUAUAGCUCUGUAGGCUGUGUAGUUUAAUAAAUAAUGAUCCAACUAUUGGCACAUACACAAUGAAUUAAAGGAUCUGAUACCUGCUUGUUUUUAUGACUUGCUACACUAUGACACUAUGACAGAUGCUUUUAAUUCUAUUACACUUUUUUUUUUUUUUACUGUGCAUUUAAUAUUGAGGAUGGUUUUGUAUCCAGUCUAUUUCUAGUAGUAGUAAGAAUCUGUGAUGAUUUUAUUUCUCUAAAUUACUGCACUUUACUGAAUAUAAAGGAAUAUGUUGUUUUAAUUUUCCAGAAAUUGAAACUGAAUAAGAUUGUAUGUGAGUUUUAGUAAUCAUGUAAUUUUUUUUAAAUAAAGGACAGUGUUUUUUUGGCCUAUUUU